UUAAACUAUAAACUUAUAAAUUAAAAAGAAUAAGUAAAAUAAAAUUUUCAAGAGAUAACAAAGAUGAAUUAUUAGUAUUCAAGAUUUAAUGAAGAAAGCUCUAACAACGGCUAAUUUUAUUAAUAAUAAGGUUAGACUUCUAUGUAGAUGUAAUAAUUUGGUAAUUAACCUUAGAGUGGAAAUUAAUAGAUAAUCUAUUAGAAUCAUUUAUUAGGUUAACCCAUAAAUAAUUAUCCUUAGUAAGGAUAAUUUAACAACAAUUAUCCUAAUCAAGGGUAGCAAAUACCUGAUUAUUCGUUGUAAGGAGGAAAUUAAAUGGCUAAUUAUCCGCUUUAAGGAAUGCAAAUAGCUAAUUAUCCAUAAGAAGGCCAAUAAGUUUUAUUGAAUUAUCCUAACUUUGAUGUUAAUUAGCGUUAGAGUGUAGGAUUCCUUUCUAUUAAGACCCCUCUAUAAAAGUUAUAAGAGUGCUAGGGAAUUUAUAUUAAGUAAAAAUUAGAAAAGCUUUAAGUUUUAACUGGUUGGUAACAUGAAAAUACAUAUAAAGUAUAUUAAGCAGAUAUAAAUGGUGUUAAAUUUGGCAAUAACCCUUUAUUUUUAUGUAAAGAAAAGAGUAGUUUAUUUUAAAGAAUGUUCUUAAAAGGAGAUAUGAGAGAAUUUAAUAUGAAUGUAACUUGCGAAGAUACAAUUGCGCCAAGUGGAUAAAUAGUUUCUACACCCUUUUUAGCUUUAGAAAGACCUUUUUAGUGCACUUUCUUCAAUUACAAUCGCCCAAAAUUGACUAUAAAUCAUUUAGAAAAUGGUACAGAAGUUCUUUAUGGGUAUAUAAGAAACCCAUUUAAGUGCUGCCAACUAGGUUGUGAAGUUUAUGAUGAGAACGAAUAAUUAAUAUUCCUCAUAUAAGGAGAAUGUUGUUAGCUAGGUUACAUAUGUAGAAGUCUUCCUUGUAAUGUUUGCUAAGAAUAUGAAUUCACAGUUUAAAAUGCUCAAGGAGAAAUUGUUUCAAGAUUACUAAAAAAAUCUGCUGGAUUUAUAAAAGCAGCAAUUAGCGAUUGUGAUGAUUUUUCAAUAGGAUUUCCAUAAAACUCUACUCCAAAAGAAAAAGUACUAUUGAUGUCUGCAGCCAUAUUUUUAGAUUACAUGUAUUUCGAGAAUAAAUAAAGUAGCAAUGAUAACAAUAAAAAUAAUCAAAAUAAUGCUAAUUUAAAUUUUAGAUCAAGCAUUUUAUGA